AUGAGGCAUACAGUUUUGCUGGUCCAGCCUACGCAGAGGCUCGAAGGCCGAACUUACGCAGAGUACCAAUCUGUGAAUGAAUGCAUGGAAGGCAUCUGUAAGAUGUACGAAGAGCACCUGAAGAGGAUGAAUCCCUGUAGCCUGUGCAUCACAUACGGCAUUAAUCAGCUCUUUGAGUUUAUCGACUGUCUGGUAGACCUCAGCUGCCUGGAGUUCUGCGAAGAUACACAAACAUACAAGCCUCACAACCGAGACUGGGUCAAAGAGAGGAUCUACCUGCUCCUUAGCGAGCAGGCACAACAGAGGUCAUAG